AUGGCUUUCAUGGUAAAACACGUAGUCGGCGGUCAGCUGAAGAACCUGACAGGAGGUCUGACAGAAGAUAAAUCUGACGGAGACAAAUCCGACGCCGCGGCUAAAGGAAUGACCCAAGAAGAGUUAGAGCAGUACCAACAACAGCUGGAGGAGGAAAAGCAAGAGCGAGACGCCAAUUUUGCCCAGAAGAAGGCGGAGAGGGCGACUGUCAGGUCUCACUUCAGGGACAAAUACAGGUUGCCAAAGAAUGAGCUGGAUGAGACUCAGAUCCAGGCGGCAGCAGACGACGUCGCCGUGUCUAACGACAAACAUCAAUAUAUCCAGUGUGACGUGUAG